AUCGAUGUCGCUGCCUAUGUAAAUGUAAAUACAUAUAUGUGAAUGUUGUAAUAGCAAGAAAAAGAAUAGAACAAAACAGGAGCCAGUGCAAGGUGAAAGCAAACAAAAACCAGCAGCAACCAACGGUGCAUAAAUGGGUAACUUUGUGAGCAGACAAAACGCAGACGUCGAGGAAGCCGACCACAUCAUCAACAAUGCCUACAAAUAUCCGCCUCGCAUGGGCAGCUUCUUUGGCACCCAUUUUAUAAUGGGCGGUGAGCGCUUUGACACGCCCCAGCCCGAAUCCUAUUUGUUUGGCGAAAAUGUCGAUCUCAAUUUUCUGGGCACGCGACCGACGGCCUUUCCCUACCCACCGCCGCAGGCGAAUGAGCCAACCAAAACGCUCAAGAGUCUGGUCAACAUACGUAAGGAAUCCGUGCGCUUUGUCCGCAUUCCAUUUGAAAAGAUGGCAGCCUACGCAGAUGUUGAAUUGUUAAAGGAAAACCGUAAGAAGAAGGCUAAGGAAAUCAGCAGUGCAUCCAUCGAGCAGGUCGAUGGCAAUGUACUCUGCAAUAUGGUCAGCCUCGAUGAUGAUUCAGAGUCGGCGCUACCAAAUUAUUGCUACAAUGUUGAAUUCAUAUUCGAUUCGGAUGCCAAGUGUUCGAUAACCAUUUACUAUUUUUGUGCGGAAGAUGUGAGUCCCAGCGGUGUUACGAUGACGCCACGCGAAGGCUACUCGAUCACAUCGGACACGUACCACUACGAGAAGGGGAUCAAUCAGUUCUUCUCGCAGCCCAGCCACGUAUUCAAUCCGAUGAUGAUACCCGAGGAUGAUCUCCUCUACAGUUCCGGCCGCGAGCAAUUCCCGGUCGCCAUACACUGUGUCGUCGAUGAGGGCAACGACGAGUGUCGCCAGUCGCAUACAACCAUUUGCGUUAUCGAUCAUCAUCCGGAGACAAACAGCUAUGUGCUGCGUGCGCUCAAGCAGAAGAUAUAUGUCGACGGCCUAUGCUAUCUGCUGCAGGAGAUCUAUGGCAUUGAGAACAAGGCGGUAAACAAGACCUCGCUGGACGAGGAUAUCGACGAUCAUGGCAGUGAGUGUGUCAUCUGCAUGAGCGAGACAAGGGACACACUCAUACUGCCAUGCCGCCAUCUCUGUCUCUGCAACUCGUGUGCCGACUCUCUACGCUACCAGGCCAACAACUGCCCCAUCUGCCGUGCUCCGUUCCGUGCCCUCUUGCAAAUACGUGCCGUUCAAAAGGGCAUCAGCACCCAUGUGCUCCACCAGAAUACGCCAACCUCGGCCGCUGGCGAGCACACUCCCCUCGAUGUCCCACCCGGCUAUAUACCCGUCUCGCUCAUUGAGGCACUCAACGGACCGCCACAGUAUGUGGCUCGUGCCAGGUCCAGUGAGAAUGAUGCGCCGGAGAGCGCUACGGUAGCCGCCUCAACGAUGACCACUGAAGACAUUAAGACAACGUCACCAAUCAAAUCGAGUAGCCAACGCCGGCCCAAGAUCAAGAAGAACGCCUCGACUUGCACCACCACCAAUGAGGUGGGCACUUUGACCAACCAAACUGGCGCUGGUUCCACACAGUCCGUUGUUGAAAUUGAAAAUGAUCCCAAGAAGACCCCAAGCACCUGCACCUCACCCAAAUCACCGUCAACGCCAACGCCAACACUCAGCUGUUCGCCGGAGAAGCAGGAGAUGCACAUUGUUAAUGAACGCCACAAUGGGCUCAAGUACCAGAAACGUAGCACUGGCAAUCAUGACGACGAUGAGGAUAGCGAGAAUGAGAAAUUGUCACCGCUGCUAUCGCCGGGUAGCCGUGUCAAGCAUACAUCCACCAAAUCACUUAAGCAAGUUGUGGAGAGCCUUAGCGGUAGCGGUGACGAGGACAAUAUGGUAACCAACAGAGAUGACAUCGAUGCCGCUGUCAGCGGCAGCAUUGGCAGCGGCGAUGUUAACCAACAGGAAGACAAAAGCUCCAGAAAGAGUAGCUCAUUAAAGCGAUCAUCACAUCGGCCGGAGCUAUCGGAUGCCGGUUCACCGGCCAACGAGCCCGGUUUAUUGGCGGCCAACUUAAGUGCCGAAGACUCGGACUACUAUACACCCGAAGACACACAAAACACCAUACUUAGUCCAUUGUGCCCCGCUGAGCGGGCAAAGAGCGGCGAUCCCUUAUGUGGCACUUGCGGAGUCGCUAGCCACGCCAACAGCGAGAUGAGCAUGCUCAGCGCUGCUGGUGUGAGUUAUAGCACAGCCAUGAAAAAGAAUCAGAAUCUGCAAAAGAAAUCCACAUCAGUGGGCAAUAUUGUUGGACCAAGUGGAGCAGCGCCUGUUUGCAGCGGCGUUGUCGAACUAAAGAGCAACAAUGUCAGCUCACUGCCGGAUAUGCUGGACAGUCCCGUUAGCGGCAAUUCGGCGUCCACACGCAGCUCCAGUGACAGCUACUCAUCCAGUUCAUCGACCAAACAGUUGCUCAGCUCCAAUACAACCACAGCCGCUGCCAACAUUAUUGUAGAUGACAAGACUGCACUUCAGAAUGCAGUUAAUGUUUAAAUCAAAACAAAAACCGUGAAUACUCUAAGCGGUGUGCGUAUGUAUAUAUUUACAUCUACGUACAUGUAAAUAUAUAUGUAUGUAUUUAAAAUGCAUAUAUAUAUAUAUAAUGGGUUAUCAGUGUGUGUGGACGCGCCUAAUAUUAGUUAAAUGAAUGAACGCCUCCUCCUAUUGUGCUAUAAACUAGGGAGGAGCAAAUACGUACGCAUAUUUACCCAAUUUCAAGUAUACAAUCUUAAUUAUUAUAAAAUAAAUACGCAUUUUAUUUUCGGUAAGCAUAA